CUGCCAGUUUGGAAAAUCUGUGUACCCAUACACAACUCCUAUUUUCCGAAGCUUUUCGUUCGAUUGCGCGAUCGGUAAUCGGUAUAGCUAAAUGAAUAGUUAAAGUCCACCGUCGUGCGUGCUUCCAUUGUUAUUUACGCUAAACACAAGCGUAUACUUAAACAACACUCGCUUAUUGUUUACAUGUUGUUUACAUUUGUUCAAACGAAAGUGUUUUUAAUGAAGACCCUACCCCGGCAGUUAACAACCUACGGAAAGUGGAAACUCAGUGCUGGUGUUGUUGCUCCAGAUUGAUCUGUUGAUCAGCCGCUCCAAUAGGAGACGUUUAUAUAUUGGAUCUUAAUUGGCUGCAGAGAGCAUCAAGAUCUCUGCAGGAGUAAUGAAUCACGACCGAUCAACGGUCAACAAUCACUUAUACGAGUACAUCAACAAUCAUUCCAGGCACUCCACCCUCACGCUUGAAAACAGUAGGGGUAGUUUUGAUCGUACCCACGACCAGCUACCCUCGUACGAAGAAACAUUGCUGAUGACGUCGGGCAACGUCGUGUUAUCCGCAGGUACGACAGCUUGUGACUCGUUGCUCACUAGCUCGAACAACCAACCGGUCUGCCAGGGUGGCUUCGUCCUCGUUCCGAUCGCCAUGGCCGGAGGAGCCACGGCACCGCUGAUCAGUAUGGAAUCUAGGAUCCCAACGCCAGCGGUCCACUGCUCGCAUCAGGUCGCCAACCUCUGGUCCGACAGUGCUGGAGCCAGUUCGGGCAGCGCUUGCUCGUCGCCCGACUACAAUAGGUUAAUCGUGGCAAAUGGCACUGCCGGGGGGGCUGCUGCCUCGCCGACCAACCUCGGAGCUGGGGGUACCGGGAUGCUCCUAAACAAUAACAAUCAUCUCCUUUCGAUUGGCGGGCUCAUCGACAGUCCAAUGACCAGCCCCGGCAGUCCCGGACCAUCGCCGGAAUACUGGAGCACACCUCGGACGGCCAGAUCAGACGAGCGUGAUCAUCAUCAAACGGAUUUCGAGUUGAUCUCGGACAAAAGCGCCAAGCGGCGCAACCGGAGCAGAUCGAGUUCGGCAGACCUCGUGGCCGAUCGCGGCGUCAUAAUAACUUCGCCGGAACGCAAGCAGGUAUCUGGGCGCGGAAUAUCGCCGGCUCAUGAUCAACUAAUCUUGACACCGUCGGCUAUCAAGUCCGAGGACGAAGAGCACCAAUCGCAGCGAAACAGGAAGAAACACCGGCGUGGCCGGCCAAGGGCGGACGAGCUGCCUGGACUGAUGCUCGAAGGAAGCACCUCGCCAUCCAGCAUCAAGUGCAAGUACUGCGAGCGCGUCUUUCCGCGAGACAAGAGCCUCAAGGCCCACGAAGACCUUCACUUAGGCAAGAAGCCCCACCUGUGCGACUUUCCCGGGUGCACGAGGAGCUUUGCCCAAACCGGUCAGCUGAACACCCAUCAGCGCCUCCACACUGGCGAGCGGCCGUUCCUGUGCACCGAGCCCGGCUGCGGGGCUCGCUUUACCCACGCCAAUCGGCACUGCACCAAGCACCCAAACCGAUCUCUGGUGCGCUCGCCCCAACCAGUUCUUCGGCCCAUCGGUAACAACGUGUCCUUGGAGGAGAAGGCCUGGCUGGAGCGAUACUACGGGGAAAAGGCGCGCAAGACCCUCUACAAGAGCAGCAAGCGCGCCAAGAGUAGGUCCGAAGAGACGAGCCUCGAGCAGGAAAACGUCUGCGAGGAAAACCAGGACCACGAUGACGACGAUGACGACGACGAGCAUGCCAAGAGAAACAAACGCCCCAAGAAAGCCAAAAGAAGCCGAGACGAGUGCACUCCUCGUAGUCGCCAGUUCUGCGAGAGUCCAGUGCCAGAGGACGAAGUUUCCCAUCGGCUACCGAUGACCCCGGCCUACAGUCCCCCCGACUCUGCGUAUUUGAGCAAUCUCGUCGCGUCGGAGGACGAGGACUCGGCAAAGAGGGAAGAACUCUCGCGCAUCCUGCACCUGAGUUUCCAAGUCCAGGAGUCGCUGGGCACCAACGUAACGGUGGACGCUUGUCAACUGCCGGUGACCCCGAUUCGCAGGUCGAGCGAGGACGGCAAUGGCAAGGAUCUCGUGUCGGAGGACGAUGAGCCAGCGGUCGAGGCGAGCGAUCUCGAAACAUCACUCGUCUUGCCUUGCCUUGGCUUCCACAGUGCGGAACUGCUGUGCCCGACUCCGCAGUCGGAGGAUGAGGAGCGAACCACCAUUACGGGGGCUUACCAGCUGCCCGACACCCCGGUUCGCAAACCGCAGGAUAGGCACGGGAGUGGUAGGCUAAACGAGUCUCGAUUAAUUUUGAUGUCGGAGGAGGACGAGGAGCUGGUGGGUUCUGAUGCUCGUCAGUUGCCCGUGACUCCCGUAUGGGAUUACCAGGAUGAGCUCGACGACGGCAGUCCGAUUCCGAGGUUGGAGGACCACGAGCCGGCCAGAACGAGCCCCUCCCAGUUGUUCAGCACUCCGGUAAGCAGGUCCGCUGGAUACGAGAGAUCGCUGCCCUUUAAAAAACGACAACUGCUCAAGUUCGAGUCCGAGGCCUUGGCUCAGCCCAUCAGCUGGGAGACGAAUACGGACAGUGGCUCCGGCCAUGUGUCCGAGGACUUGUACAGCUCGGCUCAGUGGAGCUUGAGUAGUUCCCGCUGGACGAGCCCGAUCGCCGAGACACAGGAGAGCCAAAGAGAGGAUGUUCUUCCAAUGCCUCAGCCUUUUGCUGUUCUUUCGGUUCCCGCCGAGCCUUGCGUGAACAUUCAUUCAACGGGAAACGAGCUGAGAGCUUCGGUACUUCGGCACGUGGGCAGGAGUAGCUACGAUGUUCCAAGCUUGGCCGUUCCGACUGAUCAAGAAUGCCAGAUCGAGCAAGUUGUUGUGCAUGAAUGCACGGUGGAAGACGAUGAAACCCAACGGCUGGCCGCUUUAGCUUUGCUUAACUUGGCGCAAAAAUCGACUCUUCGACUGUGAUUGUAUUUUUUAGACUUCUUUAAGCAUUUUUGUGAGGGUUUUGCUCGUCAGUGUAUUCAAUCAUAAAUCAUGGCGUCGUCUGGUUAAUGCCGAAAAAAAUGAUAGAGGUAAAGCAGACGAAAAUUUAUUGUCUUUUCGUGUGCAUGGGGCAAUCAACAGAGAAACGGACUUGUAACGUAGAUUAGAGGCCCUGGGCUCAAGCUUUGGAUUUUCUGUUGAGGCACGUAUUUACGUUUUGCUAUCUGUAAAAAGGGCUUCAAGCUCGUACACUACAAUAACCAUGCAUUUAAGUUAAUUUUUAGGAAGUAAAACGGUAUGCAUAUUCAGUGAUCCGUUACUCAUUAUGUUUUUACUUUUUUCAUGGCAAUAGAUUUUUGUCUGUAAAACCUUUUUUUUCGCAUUAACCAAACUGUAUGAUCGAGUCGUAGGGUAAACAAAACUUUACAUAGAUUCGUUAUAUUUUUUACUCACUGUAUUUCAAAUAGUACCAAACAUGAUUCUAGCAAAUUUUUUUUUAAUUCUGAUCACACAACUUUUUUUUUGUUUAAAUCGUACAACUUAAUUUUUAAAUUACAUA